AUGAAUAAUGGUAAUUCUGGAGGCACGGAUUUUGUAAAGAAACUGUACAAAAUGUUAGAAGAUGAUACAUAUAACGAUAUUGUUUGUUGGGGGGUUGACGGUAAUAGUUUUGUUGUCAAGGAAAUCGACGCAUUCACGAAAACAAUCCUUCCUCGACAUUUUAAACAUACUAAUUUCGCAAGUUUUGUAAGGCAGCUCAAUAAAUAUGAUUUCCACAAAGUUAGAUAUUCUGAUGAUUCAUUCUCUCCAUAUGGUGAACAGGCUUGGGAAUUUCAUCAUACAAAAUUUCAAUGUAAUAAAAAAGACCAAUUGGAUAGCAUUAAAAGAAAAGUCACCACCAACAAGAGAAAUCAAAAUUCAAAUAAUAACAACAUGACAAAUAUUCCUUCACAAAACAUUCAACUUUCGGAAUUUCAAUCUCAAAUAAAUAAUUUAAAUAAAUUACAAUAUACCAUGAAUGAUCAUCUGAUAACUUUGAGCAAAAAUUAUCAUAGUGUUGCCCAAGACUUAUUAAAUCUUGAAAAAGGAAUGAUUGCUCGAGACCAAUUGAUACAAAAUUUAGCACAACGUUUGGCUAGUUUGGACGAAGUACAAAAAUUAAUAAAUUCAUAUACUGAAGCCAUAAGACCUUCUAUUGAAACCUCCAAACGUGCUCAAUUAUUACAAAAUAUGACAAAUAACCCAAAUAACCAUAGAUCUAAUAACUCUAGUAAUAUUGAUAUUAACAAAAAUCCUAAUAAUGAUUUGUUUAACAACAACUCUGUUGGUAAUAAUAUGGCUUCUUCUUCAUCUUCUACAUCAUCUAAUAAUAGUCUAACAAAAAUAACAUCAUCAACUAACAGGAAACCAAACGUUAAGAUGUGUGUUAUGCAAAAGUCUUUUGCACCUGCUUGGUCAGUUCCACCAAAAGUUUUAUUAGUUGACGAUGAUGCUAUUUACCAAAAUAUCGGGUCGAAACUUUUACGAGUUUUUGGUUGUUCUUUUGAUAUUGCCGUGGAUGGAUUAAGUGCUGUUCGUAAAAUGAAUUUUGCAAAAUAUGAUCUCGUGUUAAUGGAUAUUGUAUUACCCAAUUUAGAUGGUGUUGAAGCAACUACUCAAAUAAGAAGAUUUGACAUGACUACACCAAUUAUUAGUAUGACAUCGAAUAUAGGAGCUGAUGAUUGUUUCAAAUAUUUGUCUCAUGGGAUGAAUGAUAUUUUAGCAAAACCAUUUACAAAAGCUAAUUUACUCUCAAUGUUGGAAAGACAUUGUAAACAUCUUAUAGUCAUUAAAACUUUUCAAAAUAUUCCUAGAUCUAUUGUUAUUGAGAAUAAUAAUAAUUGUACAUCUUCGGAUGAAGAUAAUAGGAUAAUUGAAGAAAUUCCUGAUAACACUAAUAUUUCUACUGGUGGCAGUAGUAUUGUUGCUUAA